CAUGGAGAUACAAAACUCCCCACAGGGUGGCAUUUGUUGAAAAAUUGACCAAGCUUGUCUUAAGCCAGCUGCCUAACUUCUGGAAACUGUGGAUUUCAUAUGUUAAUGGAAGCCUUUUCAGUGAGACGGCCGAGAAGUCAGGCCAGAUUGAAAGAUCAAAGAAUGUAAGGCAAAGACAAAAUGAUUUUAAGAAAAUGAUUCAGGAAGUAAUGCACUCCCUUGUGAAGCUGAUUCGUGGGGCCUUGCUUCCACUCAGCAUCCGGGAUGGGGACUCUCGGCAGUUCGGAGGCUGGGAGGUGAAGUCUGAGUUGUCUGGACAGUGGCUAGCGCAUGUCAUUCAGACCAUGAGGCUUACUUAUGAAUCAUUGACAGCUCUUGAAAUUCCUAAUGACAUGUUGCAGACGAUCCAGGAUCUCAUCUUGGAUCUCCGAGUACGUUGUGUAAUGGUCACAUUGCAACACACAGCAGAAGAAAUAAAGAGAUUAGCUGAAAAGGAAGACUGGAUUGUUGAUAAUGAAGGACUCACUUCUCUACCCUGUCAGUUUGAACAGUGCAUCGUGCAUUCCCUGCAGUCGCUGAAGGAUGUUCUCGAAUGCAAGCCCGGAGAGGCCAGUGUCUUUCAACAGCCUAAAACACAGGAAGAGGUUUGCCAACUGAGCAUCAAUAUCAUGCAGGUUUUUAUAUACUGUCUUGAACAAUUGAGCACCAAAUCUGAUGCAGAUAUAGAUACUACACAUCUUUCUAUUGAUGUUUCUUCUCCUGAUUUAUUUGGAAGUAUCCAUGAAGACCUCAGUUUGACUUCCGAACAGCGACUUUUGAUAGUUCUAAGUAACUGCUGCUAUCUAGAACGUCACACCUUCCUAAAUAUAGCGGAACAUUUUGAAAAGCACAACUUCCAGGGAAUAGAAAAAAUAACACAGGUUAGCAUGACCUCACUGAAAGAACUAGACCAAAGACUCUUUGAAAGUUACAUUGAGCUAAAGGCAGAUCCCAUCGUUGGCUCCUUAGAACCUGGAAUUUAUGCAGGCUAUUUUGAUUGGAAGGACUGCCUGUCUCCAACAGGUGUCAGAAACUAUUUAAAAGAAGCACUAGUGAAUAUAAUUGCUGUGCAUGCAGAGGUGUUCACUGUUUCUAAAGAUUUAGUGCCUCGGGUGUUAUCCAAAGUGGUGGAAGCAGUUUCUGAGGAGCUAAGUAGACUGAUGCAGUGUGUCUCAUCCUUCAGCAAAAAUGGAGCAUUGCAGGCAAGACUUGAAAUCUGUGCUUUGAGGGAUACUGUGGCUGUUUACCUGACACCGGAAAGCAGGUCUAGUUUCAAACAGGCUUUGGAAGCCCUGCCUCAACUUUCAAGUGGAGCAGAUAAAAAGUUACUGGAAGAGCUUCUGAACAAGUUCAAAAGCAGCAUGCACUUGCAGCUCACCUGUUUCCAAGCAGUUUCUCCAACCAUGAUGAAAACAUAAAUGCCUGCCAAGGAGGGCAGUCCAGAAAGAUGGCAAGCAGUAAGACUCACUUGCGCAAACACCACAGAGGUAUUCGGUACAUAAUGUAUUGGGUUUGCAAUUCCUCCUCCUUUCUCCUUUUUCCAGCAUGGUAACUUAGGAAGAUGUUGGUAUAUGUUUUAUUUCAAACAAAAUGACCUUAUUUGAAAUGCCACAGUGAUAUUUGUUUUGCCAUUCUUAUUAGAUUAGAUCCUAUAUAACUGUUGAAGAUAUCUUUUAAAAAGUAUUUGCUAAAAAGCUAAAUGUUUCAUGGUGAGUGCUGCAGGCAGAGUGGCUUCUUCAGGGUGUGUUGUGAGACGGGCUGGUGCCAAACGAAGAGUUUCUCAGUGCCGCAUUCACUGAACAUCAGUGCAGGCAGCUCUCAAGACCUGUGGAGGGCCUGAAAGAGGAGAUCUGGAAGGUGACACUUGGGCCUCUCCAGAACAUUGACUGUUCUAAACUGUACAGUUCUGCUUAAAAACCUAACUUCAUACAAACAGCCCUGUGUCUCCUCAUUCAAGUGGGUUCUUGGAAAAACGUGUGGUCUGCAUUUUUUAAAUGUUGUAAUUGGAAUAGAUUAUUUGUGGUCCAGAUAUCCAUGAGUUAACUUUGCAUUUCACUGUCUGAUUUUUAUUUUUCUCAGUGCUAAGCACUCACCGUUUUUGUUCUCAUUCACUCAGUUUGAUGUAUGUUACGUCACCUUAGUGUGUUGCAGUCCUUGAAGCCCUGUGUGCUCCCUUUGGUGGAGUGUGACUACCAGGUGCUGUGUUCACCCACAGCCUUCCAGGAUCCCCAGGCCCCAUGGGGAUGGGGAGCUCCCGCCAGCUGCUGUCCACUCCUUCCUUCCAGCAGUUGCCUUUCUCUCUGCCACUUCUUCCUCAUUGAAGUAUCUUGCUCAGUAGCUGAAAAAAUACUGCUCUGGCAAAGUCUUUGUUUCUGAGGCUUCGAGAUGCUCCUUGGUCACCAGGCAGGGAGAGUUGUAGCUUAGCCACGUACAUUUGUCCCACUGCUGACUAGGUUUACUGGAACAGGUUCAAGUCAUGGUGGCCUCUUUUAAAGUCAACUUCAACUCCAUUAUACUGUUUAUGUCUAAAAACUGAGUAAUUCUCUGUUUGUAGUCAACUUGUCAGGGUUAUUGUAGAAUCCCCUGUUUUAAUUACUGAAAUAAAUGUCUUUAUUAAUACAAGUAAUUUUAGAGCACAGUAUAGCCAUAUACAGUAUCGAUUAUUUGAAAUAAAUAAAUAUGUUUGUUCAUUUGGUGUAUGGAAGAAGUCAUAGUAACUGGAAGUUAAAGUUUAAUUUUUUUCAAAUGUGCUUGAUAAAUCUGUUAAAUAUGCAGAAUAUUAUCGUUCCUAGAUGUAUUAACCAUUGUACCUAACAUGACUACAAACUAAAUUACAAAACUGUCAUUCUGUAUGUUUGUUAUUUUAAGUAUCUAGUACAGUGCAUUCAUCCAAUAAAGAAUCUGUCUUCAAUGUAAGAUAUAGUUUAGUUGA